CGGGAGGGAGCCGUCGGUGCGGAGCGGAACGGGCUGGGCCGCGUGAGGACCCCGUCAUGGCCCCCAGCAGCUUCCCCCCUGUCCUGCUCGGAGCUCUCCUGGCGCUGGCGGCCGCGGAGCCCACCCAGUACUUCCGGGAGGAGUUCGGGGAUGGAGAUGCCUGGACCCACCGCUGGGUGGAAUCCAAGCACAAACCCGACUACGGGCGCUUCGUGCUCAGCGCCGGCAAGUUCUAUGGGGACGCCGAGAAGGACAAAGGGAUCCAGACGAGCCAGGACGCCCGUUUCUAUGCUCUCUCUGCUCGCUUCGAGCCCUUCAGUAACCGCGCUAAGAGCUUGGUGCUGCAGUUCACCGUGAAGCACGAGCAGAGCAUCGACUGCGGCGGGGGUUACGUGAAGCUCUUCCCCGCCAGCCUCAACCAGGACGACAUGCACGGCGAUUCCGAGUAUAACAUCAUGUUCGGCCCCGAUAUCUGCGGCCCCGGCACUAAGAAGGUUCACGUUAUCCUUAACUACAAAGGGAAGAAUGUGCUUAUCAAUAAGGACAUACGAUGCAAGGACGAUGAGUUCACGCACCUCUACACCCUGGUGCUGCGCCCGGACAACACGUACGAGGUGAAGAUCGACAACGGGCGCGUGGAGGGGGGGGCCCUGGAGGACGAUUGGGACCUGCUCCCCCCCCGCCGCAUCCGCGACCCCCAGGCCCAAAAACCCCAGGACUGGGACGAGCGCGCCAAGAUCGAUGACCCCGAGGACACCAAACCUGAGGACUGGGAUAAACCCGAGCACAUCCCGGACCCCGAUGCCAAGAAGCCGGAGGACUGGGACGAGGAAAUGGAUGGGGAGUGGGAGCCCCCCGUCAUCCAGAACCCGGAGUACAAGGGCGAGUGGCGGCCGCGGCAGAUCGACAACCCCGACUACAAGGGCAAAUGGGUGCACCCCGAGAUCGACAACCCCGACUACAGCCCCGACCCCUUGCUCUACGCCUACGACAGCUUCGGUGUCAUUGGCCUCGACCUCUGGCAGGUGAAAUCCGGGACCAUCUUUGACAACUUCCUUAUCACCGACGAUGAGAAACUGGCUGAGGAGAUUGGGAAUGAGACUUGGGGGGCCACCAAG